GGUAAAGCAAGUGAACCAGUUGUCCUUCAAGGAGCUGGAGCAUACAAACCUUAUCGCAGGCUGCUCUGAACAUGGGCGUGCUGAGGAAGUCUCUGUUCCUGCUACUUGCCUUACACAACGCUGCGUAUGUGCACAGCCAGACGGGUGUUCAGCCAUUCCUUAACGCCUUUUGUAAAGCGAAUGCAAAUAAUAAAGGCUGCCAUAGCAAGCCCCUCUUGACAGAGGGAGGUGCUGGAGGAUCCACCCCCGGGCUGGACCAAGGCAGCAAUGUGGCAUGCCUUGUGGGGACGAAAAGGUGCACGCAACUGCCGAAUCUGUGUGUGCCUUCAGACAUCCCCUGCAGUGCCAUAGACGCUGCGUACGUGUAUAGCCAGACGGAUGUUCAGACAUUUCUCAACGCCUUUUGUAGAGCGAAUGCAGAUAAUAAAGGCUGUCAUAGCAAGCCCCUCGUGACAGGGGGAGGUGCUGGAGGAUCCACCCCCGGGCUGGACCAAGGCAGCAAUGUGGCAUGCCUUGCGGGGACGAAAAGGUGCACGCAACUGCCGAAUCUGUGUGUGCCUUCAGACAUCCCCUGCAGUGCCAUAGACGCUGCGUACGUGCAUAGCCAGACGGAUGUUCAGACAUUUCUCAACGCCUUUUGUAGAGCGAAUGCAGAUAAUAAAGGCUGCCAUAGCAAGCCCCUCGUGACAGAGGGAGGUGCUGGAGGAUCCACCCCCGGGCUGGACCAAGGCAGCAAUGUGGCAUGCCUUGCGGGGACGAAAAGGUGCACGCAACUGCCGAAUCUGUGUGUGCCUUCAGACAUCCCCUGCAGUGCCAUAGACGCUGCGUACGUGCAUAGCCAAACGGAUGUUCAGACAUUCCUUAACGCCUUUUGUAAAGCGAAUGCAAAUAAUAAAGGCUGUCAUAGCAAGCCCCUCGUGACAGAGGGAGGUGCUGGAGGAUCCACCCCCGGGCUGGACCAAGGCAGCAAUGUGGCAUGCCUUGCGGGGACGAAAAGGUGCACGCAACUGCCGAAUCUGUGUGUGCCUUCAGACAUCCCCUGCAGUGUCAUAGACGCUGCGUACGUGCAUAGCCAAACGGAUGUUCAGACAUUCCUUAACGCCUUUUGUAAAGCGAAUGCAAAUAAUAAAGGCUGCCAUAGCAAGCCCCUCUUGACAGAGGGAGGUGCUGGAGGAUCCAUCCCCGGGCUGGACCAAGGCAGCAAUGUGGCAUGCCUUGCGGGGACGAAAAGGUGCACGCAACUGCCGAAUCUGUGUGUGCCUUCAGACAUCCCCUGCAGUGUCAUAGACGCUGCGUACGUGCAUAGCCAGACGGAUGUUCAGACAUUUCUUAACGCCUUUUGUAGAGCGAAUGCAUAUAUAAAAGGCUGCCAUAGCAAGCCCCUCGUGACAGAGGGAGUUGCUGGAGGAUCCAUCCCCCGGCUGGACCAAGGCAGCAAUGUGGCGUGCCUGCCGGGGACGAAAAGGUGCACGCAACUGCCGAAUAUGUGUGUGCCUUCAGACAUUCCCUGCAGUGCCAUAGGAUCCGACAGGUUUUGCGAGCAACCGAAAGCGAUCAACACGAAGCAACGCGUCCUCGUGUGUGGCGACGGAAGCACCGUCUGUAGCACCGCAAGCAAAUUACCCUUGCUGACCGUGCUGAUCGUGCAGUGCCUCGGGAAUUACGAUAUCGUAGCCCAGCAAUCAGGCGUAGAACACCAGCUCCAGUCACUUGGAGUGAUGGAAAAAACAGGCAGCAACAAGGGGGCUGGAAUUUACAUGUGCGAUACAUCACUGUCCUGGAGACCUUUGGCUGGGUCGCCUCCUCUCGACGCCCUCCAGCCGUCCUGUUUGGACGCAGGAUGUGGCUACAUCCCCGAGCCUAUCCAAGACAUAGCUGUGGACCGCCGUUGGUCGUGGGUGCGGCUCCUGUACCGCAACGACCAACCCGCAUGCAGCCUCACCCUCGUCGCCAACCACGCAGCAAUCACCGCCGCACACUGCGUGACUAAGAACCCAGCUUCACGUGAAAUCCCUAACAUAGGCGAAUUCAGUAUUGAAAUGCCAGGAUACACAGUCGAGCCGAAAAACAUUUUCAUCCACCCACAAUACGACCCGAAUUCCCGCUACGCCCACGACCUCGCAGUUAUUACUUUCAGUCCUCACUCUGACAACAUUCUGCCGACGGUGUGCAUCGCGGACGAAGCGGUCAUACCCUCCAGGGACAGGGAGCAAGUGAUCUUCGUGCUCGAUGAGAAUCGCAAGACCCCUGAGUGGUUUACCCGCCCCUCAAAAUGGAGUACGAACUGCCUGGGACUCUCCCCGUCGAACACCUUCUGUCGAGACCAGCUGGAUUUGAAGGAGAGUCAGUUCUGCGCGCAGUAUGAGGCAAUCGGCAUCACCAGCGGUUCAUCGGGAGGACCUUACCUGGCUGAUAUUGGCACAGGAGUGGACGAGGUUUGGGUGAUAAUGGGCGUGCUUUCCACCGUCAACAACAGCUCCUCAUGUUCCCAGGGGCACCUCGUCUACAGCAACGUGGCGAAUGACGCGCAGUGGCUGAAGGAGUGCGUGUUUUACGAUCGCUGCAACGCCUUAUCAACCAUCAUUCAGGGAAGAUGAACUUGAAGGAGCUUUUCUCUACCUGUGCUGUUAGGGAAACUUUGCUCGCCUAUGUACAGAAAGUAUGAAAAAGGAAGGUUAAACUAAGUUGUUAUUUAACCAUUAAAUCAAUAUAAUGAAUACUGUUGAC